AUGGCAAAAACAAUUACCGUGGACGAAGCACUGGCAGAACUCGGAGGAUUCGGGUUAUUUCAAUGGCUUAUUUAUCUCGGUGCGAGCAUUGCCGAAAUGGCUGUGACUUAUCAAAUAUUUUUGUUGACAUUUAUAACCGCCGAGCCCAAGUGGCUUUGCAAGAACGAGAGUUUGAUAUGUAAUUUCAGCGAGCCUAUGGGUCUGACAGACGAUGAUUACGAGGCGAGAUGUGAUAUGCCCAGAUCGGAGUGGAAAUUUGCGGAUGAUUUUACGUCUAUUGUUACUGAGGUUGGUUCAGAUCAGCAUGUUGCAAUUUAUUGAUGGAUUCAGAUUACGUUUACACCAGCCCGGGCGAAUUUGGAACCGCAUGUACGCAAAUUUGUCCGAUUCCGUGACCUGUGCGAAAUAUCUGACAUGCGUGACCAGUGAAGGCUAGUGAUGGGCGAUACCGAGUACUCGGUAUUCGAUACCAGCGAUACCACAAACAGCGGUAUCGGUAUCGAUUGCUGACGUGGUAUCGUUCGAUACUUGCACCCUUUUUUAAUUUAAACAACUUGUUUAAUUUCACUUCUUGGUUGAAUAAGACUUAAUGAACCACUAAAAUAAUUCUUAAUAUUGCAAAUGUGGUGCGCCAAGUCAUGUAUAGAAAAUAUUUAUUACGUUUCGGGCUUUUGGUUACUUAUAGCUUUAUUUAUUUUACAUACAGUAAUGUAAAAUGUUUUUCCGCUGACCGGCAGGUAUCGAAAGUAGCCGAUACUAGCAAUUUAAGUACUCACUUCCGGUAUCGAAAAUUGAAAUUUUGUGUUUAUUUUGGUAUCGAAAUAAGUAUCUGUAUCGACCGAUACCGAUCCUAAAAGUAUCGGUAUCGGUAUCGAAUUAAAAAUCCUGGUAUCGCCCAUCACUAGUGAAGGCGCGAAAUAUUAGAGAGGUCAAGAUGUUCCGGUUUACGGGUACGAUUACGGGUACGAGUAUCGCCAUUUUGUUUACCAAUUUUUGCUGAUGUCAGCAUUUUUACCCGUAAUUGCUACCCGUUUCCCCGCGGUAAACCAUGCUCUACACGUAAAAGACAAAGGUACGGGUGUUUUCUGUUUAAUUUGUGCUCCACCUUUGAAUUUACUACUUUACUACUUUGAAUUUACUACUUUACUACUUUGAAUUUACUACUUUUACAACUCUAUUAUAACAGCUUUUACACCAGUUUUGAAAUAUGUUAAACUUAUUAAACGUGUGCUCUUUAGCAAUGAUUUAAGAAAGCAAAUUAACCACUAGUCAUGCUAUUCACCAAAGCAGUAAAUUAAGAUUUGGCGUUUGAAGUUGACGUUUGGCGUAUAAAUUUCAUGCUUGAACUGCUACGAGGGCUUGUUGUCGUUAAACUGAUGAAAUUUAUACGUCAACUUCAAACGCCAAAUCUUAAUUUACUGCUUUGGUGAAUGGCAUGACUAGUGGUUAAUUUGCUUUCUUAAAUCAUUGCUAAAAAGCACAAGUUUAAUAAAUUUAACAUAUUUCAAAACUGGUGUAAAAGCUAUUAUAAUAGAGUUGUAAAAUCAAAAACCUCGCUAGCGGUUUGACGUUUGCCGUAAACGUCAAUCUAAAGGUCUCUAAUAUGAUAAAUUCGCGGCUCUUAAGGGACUGGUCAUAAUUUAGCAGGAGGGGUGGGGAGGUGGAAACAGUGGGGGGGGGUCACAUAUUAUUUAGCCAGGAAAAAGGGAGGUUCAUAAAAUAUUAGACAGUUUAUGAAGGCGGGGAGGGGGUCUGCUGUUUUAGUUCAAUUAAUUGUUUUAUUCAUGCUUUCUCACAUUUUGUUUGAGUUGCAUUGAAAAAAAUUGAUUCUUUAAACUUAGAAUGAAAAGUUUGAAAAAAUUAAAGUUUUAUAUAUGACUAUGUAUUGGUAUAAUAUAAAUUUUAGUAUUUGAUUUAAAGCGCAACUAGAAAAUUAGAAAAUUUAAAGUGCAAUGAGAAAAUUCAUUGAAUGCAGGGUUUAGUAGUAGGUAGGUACAUUUUUACUGACACGAGCAAGAGAGAGGGGGGGGGGGCAUUAUUUUUCCGGGUUAUGGCAAAGCAGGGUCACAAAAUAUCAUUCCUUAAAAUUUUGAAUUACACCACCCCACCCCACCCCUGAUAAAUUAUGACCAGUCCCUAACCCCUAGCACUAACCCUAAUCGAACUUUUUUAAAACUUUUUGCCUGAAAAUCUAGCUUUUUUUACUUUUUUUAACUUUUUUUGAAGAUACAAGUUAUUCUCCGAUUUACGGGUACGUGUAUAUUACCCGUACCCGUAAAUCGGAACCGGGGUAUCUAGUUAACCUCUCUACUUGCUAAAUUAGGUCAUUGCCUGUCGAAGGUGAGAUGGCUGUGAAACUCAUUAGAAUAAAUUCAGUCCCAAAACACACAAAAGACUUGUGUAAGAAUACAAGAAUUAUUACAUUGUAAUGUAAUAAUUUCGAUUUUGUUAGCUAUAUUUCACCUGUAGGUGAAUAUAACAGCUUCAAACACUCAAUAAUUCAUAAGCUUAUUGACAAAUCAUGUCAACCAUAAUAUGUCAUGUGCAGUGGCUUUUAAACCUAAUAAAACACUCCUAAUUAGUAUUCUUUAUAUAAAGAAUACUAAUAAGGCAGUAUCUAUUGUAGUCGUGUCCUCAUUAGUAUUCUUUAUAUAAAGAAUACUAAUAAGGCAGUAUAUCCAUUGAAUUUGUAGUCGUGUUUGAAGCCGUUUAAUAAACUCUAAGGACGUGUUUUAUUAGGUCAGUGUUUUACUACGCCCUGGUCUAAAGCCACUCGCGUUGCGCGCUCGUGGCUUUCAAAACCUAAUAAAUUUUGGGAAAAUAAAGAUUAAUUAGUGGUUAAAAUGAGUGGUCAAAAAUUUCACUGACCCCUCCCCCCCCAUUCAAAUAGGUCUAUAGCGCCGCCCCUGUACAUGAAAUGCAGUCUGAAGAAAAAAUUAUGUCUAAAGUUCAGCAAGUUUUAAUUAGUAAAUAUGGCGUCAGUUUUAAAGAAUCGUUGACCGUGAUGAUAUUAAUUGGGUUUUUUUAAUUUUAUGUUUCUCCAUCAGUAGAUGCGUUUAUAAGAAAAUAAAGCUAAAAACAAAAUAAUUUUGCGAGAUAUUCGCCAAAAAGAUUUUAAAUUUUGCAGUUUGAACGCUCUUCAUGCAUCGCAAAUGCGCGUGCGUAGAUAUUAAAAAGUACCUCUUGUAAUCCUUUGCAAUCCUUAAUUUUCUUUUCAGUUUGAUUUAGUUUGUGAUGACUCAAUCCUCGCCACUGUGGCAAGUAUGUUCAUUUUUGCUGGAUGGAUUAUCGGCAGUAUACUGUUUGGUUUCCUCUCUGACAGAUUUGGGCGCAAAGUCGCAUUCUUGGCUUGUGUCAUAAACAUUAGUGUGGUUGCUCUUGCUGGCGCUUUUGUACAUAGUCUAUGGCUGUUUAUUAUCAUCAGAUUCUUUGUUGGAGUAGGUAUUG